GGCGGUCGGAGGCCACAAACGUCCCAGCUUUGUGUCGGUGGAACUUCACAAACAUUAGCUUGCUAGCUAAGCGGCUACCUCCAGCAAACUCCACUUGUUUACACAUUUUAGCUUCCAGAGAAUUAUUGGAGUUUUUCGGGACAUCGUAUAUAGUCUCCUGCUCAACCAUGUUAACAGCCAUCGUUCAUGAAGUGCAUUGGAUGCACAGACAGUGGAAGGUCAGCUGGGGCCAUCAUCAGGAGCUGAGACGGAGAUAACACUUCCACACGGACCUGUAUGCAUACCUGCUGGACCUCCAUCAACCAAAUAAUCCGACCUCAACGCUGGAAAUGUUGCUAGAUAAGCCAUGAUACCCAUCACUGAACUGCGGUACUUCGUGGAUACACAGCCAGCUUACCGCAUCCUGAAGCCAUGGUGGGACGUGUUCACGGACUACAUUUCUAUCGUCAUGCUGAUGAUUUCCGUGUUUGGAGGAACGCUGCAGAUCACUCAGGACAAAAUGAUCUGCCUGCCCUGCAAAUGGGUCGUCAACCAAACCUGCAAGAAGAACUUUAGCUCGACUGUAUCCUCGUCCUUGUUCAUGGAACCCAAAGGGAUCCAGUAUGAUUUGGACCGACACCAGUACAACUACGUUGAUGCCGUGUGCUACGAGAACAGACUGCACUGGUUUGCCAAGUACUUUCCCUACUUAGUAUUACUUCACACCCUUAUUUUUCUAGCUUGCAGCAACUUUUGGUUCAAGUUUCCUCGGACUAGCUCCAAACUGGAGCACUUUGUUUCCAUCUUGCUGAAAUGCUUCGACUCUCCGUGGACGACCAGGGCUCUGUCGGAGACGGUGGUCGAAGAAAGCGACCCGAAACCCAUGAAAAUGAACGGCUCAGUGGACCACAAAGAAUCGGUCAUAAGUGAAGACGUGGAAGCGAGCGUCCCGAUGCUCCAAAGGACAAAGACGCGGUUCGAGCAGGGCAUCGUUGAUCGGACAGAAACGGGAGUCUUGGACAAAAAAGAAGGCGAGCAAGCCAAAGCUCUGUUUGAAAAGGUGAAGAAGUUCCGCAUUCACGUGGAGGAAGGAGACAUCGUGUACCGACUGUACAUUCGCCAGACCAUCAUCAAAGUCAUCAAGUUUGUUUUGAUCAUCUGCUACACAGGGUAUUACGUGCACGACAUCAAAUUCAGCGUGGACUGCGCUGUUAACAUAGAGAGCCUGACUGGUUAUAGUGUUUACCGCUGUGCUCACCCGCUAGCGACUCUUUUCAAAAUCCUAGCUUGUUUCUACAUAAGCCUGGUUGUGGUUUACGGUUUGAUCUGCAUGUACACACUUUGCUGGAUGCUGCGUCGCUCUCUGAAGAAGUAUUCCUUCGAGUCGAUUCGGGAAGAGAGCAGCUACAGCGACAUACCGGACGUCAAGAACGACUUUGCGUUCAUGUUGCACAUGAUCGACCAGUAUGACCCGCUUUACUCCAAACGCUUCGCCGUCUUCCUGUCAGAAGUUAGCGAGAACAAGCUGAGGCAGCUCAACCUCAACAACGAGUGGACUCUGGAUAAGCUCAGGCAGAGGAUCACCAAGAACUCUCAGGAGAAGCUGGAGUUGCACCUCUUUAUGUUGAGUGGCAUCCCAGACACCGUGUUUGACCUGAUGGAGCUGGAGGUUCUGAAGCUGGAGCUGAUUCCUGAUGUCACCAUUCCUCCCAUUAUCGCCCAGCUGGUUAACCUGCGAGAGAUGUGGCUUUAUCACACCCCAGCUAAAAUAGAAGCGCCUGCUCUGGCUUUUUUGCGUGAAAACUUGAAGUCCUUGCAUAUCAAGUUCACAGACAUAAAAGAAAUCCCUUUAUGGAUCUACAGCCUAAAGAAUCUCAGUGAGCUUCAUCUGACGGGGAACCUCAGCGCCGAGAACAACCGUUACAUCGUCAUCGACGGCCUCCGGGAGCUCAAGAGGCUCAAAGUUCUUCGUCUGAAAAGCAAUCUAACCAAGCUACCUCAAGUAGUGACUGAUGUGGGCAUGCACCUCCAAAAGCUGUCCAUCAACAAUGAAGGAACCAAGCUGAUGGUCCUGAACAGCCUGAAGAAGAUGGUCAAUCUGACGGAGCUAGAGCUCAUUCGCUGUGAUCUGGAGCGAGUCCCACACUCCAUCUUCAGUUUGCACAACCUGCAGGAAAUCGACUUGAAGGACAACAACCUGAAGACCAUCGAGGAGAUCAUCAGCUUCCAGCACCUCCACCGUCUGGUCUGCCUGAAGCUCUGGUACAACCAGAUCGCUUACAUUCCCAUCCAGAUCGGCACCCUAAACAAUCUGGAAAAGCUCUACCUGAACAGAAACAAGAUCGAGAAGAUCCCCAGCCAGCUGUUUUUUUGCCGCAAGCUGCGUAUCUUGGACUUGAGCCACAACAACUUAACAACUAUCCCAGCAGACAUCGGCUUCCUGCAGAAUCUUCAGUACCUGGCAGUGACGGCUAACAGGAUCGAGAGUCUGCCAAAUGAGCUCUUCCAGUGCAAGAAGCUUCGCACUUUGAACUUGGGAAACAAUUGCCUGCAGUCUCUGCCGUCCCGCUUCGGCGAGCUGACCGCACUGACGCAGCUGGAGCUCAGAGGAAACCGUCUGGAGUGUCUUCCCGUGGAGCUGGGGGAGUGCCGGCAGCUGAAGCGGACCGGUCUGGUGGUAGAGGAGGACCUUUUCAACACCCUGCCCUCCGAAGUCAAGGAACUUUUGUGGAAAGCUGAUAAGGAACAGGCUUGAAAAGCUCCGCGAGUGGCAUCGGAACGGCGAUAAACUCGGUCUAGACACAGGAAGCGCCGUCGGCACCGUCCCAAAGGAAGUCUGAAGUUGGCGGCAGUCUUGUUGUCGACGAGGCUGGGUCUCAGCACGCCGUGCCAGAUGAAGGAAUUCAGUCCGUGGUAGCUGUGGUUUGUUUUCUCAGUUUGUUUUAUCUUUAUGAACAGUUUCCUGAGCCUUCUCAACAAACCGGUGAUUCUCGCUGUAAUAAUGUAGCCGUCAGGAUUAAUAAACUGCAGGACAGUGGAGUA